ACUAGUAAUUUGCAGGAUUCCGCCACUCGCACAGGUUCAGCAAAAACAUUUCUAAUAACACCCACCUUUUUAACAGUCGCUUUCUCACCCCUCCAUUCUCUCACCGGCAUAAUGUCAUGGCUGGCUCGCUCCCUGGCAAACUCCCUUCGCCUCGAUGACGACGACGGCGGCGAUGAUGACGCCGACUCAGAAAACGACGUUGCACCCAACACCCCUUACGACCCGUCACCUGCAAAAUGCAUUCAAGAAGAAUCGGUUGAACGAACAGAGAUUCAAGAUGAAGGAGACGAAACGCAAACGAGAGGUGUCAAAGAGGAUCUUUCAGAACUCAAGCAAACCCUAACCCGUCAACUGUGGGGCGUCGCCACCUUUCUUGCUCCUGCGCCGACUUCCAACGAUAGACCACCUUCUAAUUUGAAUCAAUUCGAGGCAUCUGAUCGAUCCAACGAGGCAGAUCACUCCGAUUCCGAGGAAGUAUCGGGGAUCAGGCAAGAUUUUACGGAAAUCGGAGGGAGAUUUAGGAGUGGGGUCACGGAGAUUUCGAAGAUGGCGACGAAUUAUCUUCCUUUUGGGUCGGAGGAAAACGAGGUAGAAAAUGAUGAGGGAAAUGAGACGCACGGGGAGGAAUUGGAGAUCGAGGAGCCUGAUGAUUGGGGACCAGAAGCCAUCGGGAUUACCGACGAAGUGUUGGCAUUUGCGAGGAAUAUUGCUAUGCAUCCCGAGACUUGGCUGGAUUUCCCCCUUGACGAGGAAGACGAUUUAGACGAUUUUGAUAUGUCUGAUGCCCAAUGCGAGCAUGCUUUGGCAAUUGAACAACUUGCUCCUAGACUAGCUGCUCUCAGAAUUGAACUUUGUCCUUGCCAUAUGACUGAGAGUUACUUUUGGAAAGUGUAUUUUGUCCUUCUGCACUCAAGACUAGACAAACAUGAUGCAGAAAUUUUAUCUACCCCUCAGGUAAUGGAAGCCAGAGCAUUGUGGAUGCAGGAGCUACAUAAACAAACGAAGCCUGAAAAUGACUGGUUUGGACAAGGCACGUACCAUGCAAAUGAUGGUGCAGUAUUGCAUGAAAAGUUUGAAUAUGGUAGGACAUUUAAUUUUGAACCAGCAACCAGUAUGGCAACGGAUUACGAGACUCAGAAGCACCCAGUUGUAAGUGCAGACAUGGAAUUCAUUGAUAAAUCUGUUAUUGAAGAAAAGCCAGUGACAAAAAUUGUUAAUAAGGAUGUGCUUGCCAGUCAAUCUUCUAAAGUACUUGUUCCAAAUUAUGAAGAUGAUGAGGAUGACUGGCCAGAUGAGGAAGAUUCAGAUUUAGGCAGUUACAAAGCCACAUUCCCCACAGGAAAUGAAGAAGAUAUAUCUUUCAGUGAUCUUGAAGAUGAUGCCAACAGCACCAUACCCAUCAAAUCAAAGAUGCUUUCCAAAGGUUCUGAAACAUCGACAUCGAAAACCUAGAUGUGUAGCUUCAGCUGAGCGUAAGCUCUGCUGGUUGUCCUGUUGCUUGAACUGUAAAGUCGCCUAGUUUGAACUGAAACACUUUGAUAAAGAGUGAAGACCUUGCAAAUCUCUGCGCAUCCAGAAUUUUGGUCGGGGUGCUGUGGUAUUUCUUACAAGCACUUUUGUACAUGAUGGUUGUUUAAAUUGAGUUAGCUAUUAAGCGAGUAUAUCUUGAUUUAUUGUGCAAAGGUUGUAAACAAAACAUGUUAAAUGUCUUGGCAAGGAUGUUAUAAAUGAAAAUGGCCAGUUUUCUCUUUGUUUUGCAA